UCCGCUGGGUGUAGGAGCGGUCUGACGUCUUGUUAGUGUGAGUGACUUGGGGAGAGAAAACACUGUGACAACAGCUCAGCAGGAGAGACGAGCACGGAAAACUGAGGAACAUUUCUUCUUUUGUAACUUCUUCCCGCUUCCUUCCCCCCUCCACCUGUAUGACUGCGUGAAGACGAAAGUGACUCAGUUAUGGAGAGCUCCGUUGAGGUUUCCCAGAGUGGUGGCACCUCAAACCCCAAGCCAGGUCUGGCCCCCAAACCUCGGCUCGCUCCCAAGCCCUUCUCUCUGCAGAAGAACACCACCAUUCGCUCCAUCCAUGCCCCAAAGACGGUCGCCGCAAGCUCUAAGAAAACAACGCAGCCGACUGUUAAACCUGAGGCCACAGGAGUCCCCAAACCGACUGUGACCACCCCCGCUCAGAAACCCCCUCAACAAACCACCACCUCUGAUUCCAAACCCAGCCCUGUAAGUGUGCCCACCAAAGAUCAAGCAAACACAACCAAAGAAAGCAAAGCAAGUCCACGUGGAGAGGAUACCCUUGAUUCUACUGUAGGAAAAUCUGAUCCAGCCUCAAAAACCACUCCACCCAAAGCAACACCCAAAUCCGAGCCAAUCCAGAAAGACGAUGUCAUCCAAGCAAACCACAAAGCAUCUACGGAAAUCGUAACCAAACCAGAGCAGAAAGUGGAGAGAAAGAAAGAAGAUGAAAAACACGCUUCUGUCAUCCACAAUGUUCAAGAACCAGAAAGUGACGUCUCCUCUAAAGACAAUCCAGAGUAUCGAUGGGGCAGCGGCAGGAAGCGUCUGUCCAUGGAGCUCACCUCGAAGUUUGAGUCAGGUGGCCUAUCUCUGCCUCCCCAGCCAACUGUAACCACCUCUACAACCACCACCAGAGAUGAUACAAAGAAGCCAAGGCCUUCAGAUCCAGAGGUGAGCCAGACGACAACAGAGCCAUCAAACAGAGAGAGUGAUGAAGGAGGACUGAAGGAGGAUUACACCGGAGGCAGCAGUAUAAAACGCAGGAUCAGUCUCCUGUUUGACUCGUCAUCGAGGCCAGAGGUCAUGACAAAGAGAGAGGAGCCAGAAAUUACAAACGGCACAGAGAGUGUGAAGGGUGUAAAGGAGAGAAUCAAAAACUGGGUCACAGAAACGACCCCUGAGCAUCCGAAGACUGAGAAGAGGCCUCAGGUUGCACCCCGACCUCGCUCUAAGAGCUUUGAGCCAGCAGCUGCUCCAACAGCAGAGGAAACACCCAAAAUGCAGCCUGUUGAACCUCCCGCAUCUGAUAUUUCUCCCAGUCAGGCCGUGGAUCUUCCUUCAAAGGUGUCACCUGCCGAACAACCAACAGAGACCCCAAUGGAAAUAUCUAGAGAUGCUCCUACUGAAGUUAAGUCGGAAGGCCCAAGUGAGACACCAGGAGAGCGUGUGCAGAACAAGGCAACAGAGGGUGAUGUCCGACUACGCAAUCGCAGCUCAUCUAUGCCCCACACUUCCACCUCAAGUGAAAAUGAUCAACAUGCUCUGAAGAGGGGUGGUGUGAAACGUCGAUCUGUUCACUUUGGUGUCGUAGAGAGAGAUGAUGGUGGGCCUCCACUGAUCCUGGGCUCACCGUCUGAUUCCAGCGAAGAAGAAGAGGCCUCUGGGGAUGAAGCAGAGAAGGACAUCUCUGUUUCAGUGCCUGUCUACAAAAGAGUAGGAGGUCUUCUGAAGAAGAACAAUGAUGAGGCGCGAGAGGAAGAAGAAGAACGACUGAAACAUUUGGAAUUUGAAAAAAGACGGCGAGCAGAGGAGAACGAACAGGCAAGACUCGUAUUGGAAGAGGAGCGGAAACGAAAAAAGGAAGAAGAAGAAAGAGAGAAAGAGAUGGCAAGGCAGAGGGAAGAAGAGGAAAGGGAGAGAGAAAGACUGAGGGAGGAGGAAAUAGAGAGACAGCGGAAGGAGGCAAGGGAAAGGCUGAGAGAAGAAGAGAUGGAGAGGGAAAGACAGUUGGAGCUGAUGUUGCAGAGACAGAGAGAGGAGGAAAGAGAGAGGGCGAAACAGAAGGAGGAGAGACUGAAACAAGAACAGGAGGAGAGGGAAAGAGAGAGAUUAUUGGAGGAGCACAGGAAAGAGGAGAGACUGAGAGAGGAAAGAGAAAGACAAAGGCUGAGAGAAGAGGAUAUGGAGAGGGAAAGACAGUUGGAGCUGAUGUUGCAGAGACAGAGAGAGGAGGAAAGAGAGAGGGCGAAACAGAAGGAGGAGAGACUGAAACAAGAACGAGAGGAGAGGGAAAGAGAGAGAUUGUUGGAGGAGCAGAGGAAAGAUGAGAGACUGAGAGAGGAAAGAGAAAGACAAAGGCUGAGAGAAGAGGAUAUGGAGAGGGAAAGACAGUUGGAGAUGAUGUUGCAGAGGCAGAGAGAGGAGGAAAGAGAGAGGGCGAAACAGAAGGAGGAGAGACUGAAACAAGAACGAGAGGAGAGGGAAAGAGAGAAAUUGUUGGAGGAGCAGAGGAAAGAGGAGAGACAGAAGGAGGAAAGAGAAAGACAAAGGCUGAGAGAGGAGGAGGAGAGAUCGAUUUGUGACAAUGAGGAGCAUAGAACUGAGGGGCAAAAGCUUGAGAGGAGAUGGAGUAAAGCGAAAUACAGAGAGGAGGAGUGGGAAAAAGAGUGGGUGAAAGAGGCAGCAAAGCCAAGAGGAGAAGAAGAAGAGAAGGAAAGAGAGAAAGAGUUGGAGUUGACAUGGCAGAGACAGAGAGAAGAGGAAAGAGAGAGGGCCAGACAAAUGGAGGAGAGACUCAGACAGGAGGAGAGGGAGAGAGCAAGAUUAAGAGAGGAGGAGAGAUCAAGUCAUAACCAUGAGGAGCAUACAACUGAGGGGGGAGAGAUAAAGAGGAGAUGGAGUAAAGCAAAACACAGAGAGGAGGAGUGGGAAAAAGAGUGGGUGAAACAGGUAGAGACGCAGAGAGGAGAAGAAGAGGGGGAAACAGAGAAAGAGUUGGAGGCGAUAUGGCAGACACAGAAAGAGGAGGACAGGGAGAAGGCCAGACAGAUAGAGGAGAGACUCAGACAGGAGGACAGGGGGAAAGAAAGAUUAGGAGAGGAGGAGGAAAGAGAGAGGGAGAGGCAAAGGAGGCUGAAAGAGCAACAAGAAAAAGAAGAAGAGAUGGAGAGAAUGAGGCAAAUGGAGAUGGAGAAAUGGAGAGAGGAGGAGGAAAGGAAGAAGCAGAUGGAGAAAGACAGACUGGAGGAGCUGGAGAGAAAAAUACGAGAGGAGUUGAACAGAAAGCGGGCACAAGAAGCAGAAGAAGUUGUUUAUGAUGACUUCUCCGUCAAACCGGCUGGGAUAAAGGUGGACUUUGAUGACUUUUCAGUCAAACCAUUGAGAUGGGGCACGCAAGCUAAAGAAGAAACCAGUCCGCCCAUCCAGAGAAGGGAAGCUGCCUUUGUGGAUAAAAAGGAAGUGGAAGAGCUGGUGCCCCUGGAUGUCAGUCCAAGAGAAUAUAAAGUGCCAGAACAGGUGGAGAAACCACGCAGCCUAGAGCCUACACCAGCCCAAGAAAGUCCAAAGUUCGAGGAGAAAGAGGAGAAGCAGAGGCCAGAGGAGGGACUGCUCAUCUCCAUGGAGGUAGAGGAAGAGAAGGAGACAGAGGGGGAGGAAGAGGAGAACACAAAAGAAGAUGUAGUGGAAGAAGAAGACAAGCAGGAGGCACCGGUUAACAUUUACAGCACAAACAGCGAAGACACUGAUGCUUUAAUAGACAACGAACCCGACCAGCAGAAUGAGGCCAGUGAACGGACAUCUGAAAUUGACAGCCCAAAGCCUAUUGCUGACCAGGCCCCAGAAGUCUCCACUGAAGACCUUGAUGAGACUGAUUAUCACCGAGAGCCAGAGCUGCCUCCAUUUCCUGAGAGCUCCACUCCUCUCCUCGACACCAGCGCGCAGAGAUCGAAGGCAGAUCUGGGUAGGAGGCGAAGUCGGUCGCGUCCAUCGCGCUCAGUCCGUAUGGGUUUGGUACCAUUGGAUAGCCCUGACUGGAGGACCCGUGACUCCACAGAUGAACAGGAGGCAUCUAAGCAAAGGGAUUCAGACUCUGAGGACGAGCAACCUAAACCGAAGAUGGCCUAUUCUCCUCCUUCCGCCUCUCAUAGAGUCCCAGUGUUCCCUGGUUUGAGCCCCGCAGCUUUACUUGCUCAGAUAAAAAAGAAAACAAGUGGAGGAAGUGGAGAGGACGCAGAAGAAGAGAAGGCAAGAGAUGAGAGGGAAAGUCAAAAUGAGGAAGAAGCACCGUCUUCCUCACAAGUGUCCCGCUCUCCUCGCUCAGCAGCUCAUCUUGCGGGGGCUGCACGGGUGUUGCCACCUAUAGGCGGUGCAGACAGAGGUGCUGCCUCCUCUCCUGCUUGGCUGAAAGAACUGAAGUCUAAGAAGCGCCUGAGUCAGCAUGAGGGCGAAGCUUAGCCAGACAGAGGAGACACCAUACCAUCACCGUUCAGCAAGAAUCAAUCCAUUUCAGCUGCAGCUGCUGCUGACAGGCACCUUGCCAUGAUUGCUCCAUUUUCCACUUUGAGUGCCUUAUUUUGGACCUUUACCGAGAUAUACAGGAGGAGAAUUCAGGCUUUUGCUGAACACAGAGGCCAUCAAGAACUCUUCUGGCUUGUAAAUGAAAUAUGGUGCCAAGGCUACGUGCCAAGACUGUGAUGUGUUAAUGCCAAGUAAAUGUUUUAUCUACUGCUGUACAGAGGCUCAAUGGAUGGGGAAAACCCCAAUGUAAUUUAGAGCAAAGCCAUGGACUGUCUUGUUUGAAUGUGUACUCCAUUAUAUUUAAUCAGGGACUGAUGACACUAGGCCUUCAGCACGGUAUCUACCUUCAUAAACAAACAUGUACAGAAAAUACUGAAUAUAAAUAAUGGAUUUGCAACUUGUGUGCGUUUAGUUUAAAUUGUACAAAAAGCCUUUUUACAGAUUAUCUUUCCAAUCACAGAUUGUCUCAAGUAAACCUUUAAGCACUUUAAGAAAAAUGAUCACAAAUUACCGUCCGUACAGAACAUCUAAGCAAUAGAGUAAUCGAGUACCUUACUGUAGUGACAUGGUCAAGGGAAUUUUUCUGUUUGUUCGCCAUGAGUGCCUGUCUUCUCUUUCCUGGUCCACAAAACUUAAACAUGCACUUCCUGGUUUUGUUAAAACGCCCAGCGGCUGGUCAGAGCAUCAACAGUGAGUUGAGAGGAAAUUUUGAGCAAGUUAUAACACAGUGGUACUCAAUGUAUGUCUCUUCCUGCCGACCAUUUUAUAAUUCACACUUAAAAUUGAUUCACACUGCCCAGAGUACAUAAAAAAGCACCAAAAAGUGCCAGAGGAGGAUCCCCUGGACCCUCCGACAGAGGUCAGGGUUAAGUCCCACAUGUCCUCAAACGUUUGUUCACUGACUGGCCCCUGGCUUCCUGUCAUUUUGCAUAAGUGGUCCCCGGGCAAAGCUUGUUGAAUAUCCCUGCUUUACCAGAAUCAGGAAGUGUGUUCUGUAAAAUCUUUAACCCAGAAAAAUGCAGUCAUCUGCUCUAGAUGUUUUUAUGUGCCUUUUUAAUGUUAAAGAAUGACUGCCAUCAGUGCUGUAAUCAUUUAUGAUCAACAUAUGGUAUGAUAAGAGGAAAUUGAGGGAAUUUUAUUAAAACUUUUUCUAUGAAAUGCAA